AUGGGUAGAGUUAUUCGCAACCAGCGUAAGGGUCGUGGAUCCAUCUUCACGGCCAACACGCGCCUGAACAAGGCUCCUGCUAAGUUCCGCAACCUCGACUAUGCCGAGCGCCAUGGCUACCUUCGAGGUGUAGUCCGCGAGAUCGUCCACGAUGCUGGUCGUGGUGCCCCUCUCGCCAAGGUCGUCUUCCGCCACCCCUACCGAUUCAAGCAGGUCACCGAGACCUUCAUCGCCAACGAGGGCAUGUACACUGGCCAGUUCAUCUACGCCGGAAAGAAGGCUGCUCUCACCGUCGGCAACGUCCUUCCCCUAGGUGAGAUGCCUGAGGGUACCGUCGUCUCCAACGUCGAGGAGAAGAUCGGUGACCGUGGCACUCUCGGCCGCACUUCCGGCAACUACAUCACCAUUGUCGGCCACAACCCUGAUGAGGGCAAGACCCGCAUCAAGCUCCCCUCCGGUGCCAAGAAGGUCGUCCACUCCGGCUCCCGAGGAAUGAUCGGUAUCGUCGCUGGCGGUGGCCGAACUGAUAAGCCUCUCCUCAAGGCUUCUCGUGCCAAGCACAAGUUCGCUGUCAAGCGCAACAGCUGGCCCAAGACUCGUGGUGUUGCCAUGAACCCCGUCGACCAUCCUCACGGUGGUGGUAACCAUCAACAUAUUGGUAAGGCUUCUACCAUCUCCCGAUACGCCGCCCAGGGUCAAAAGGCCGGUCUUAUUGCCGCCAGAAGGACGGGUCUCCUCCGUGGUACCCAGAAGACAAAGGAGUAA